AUAAACCGAUAAUUGGUGCUAGUGGCCGAAGCUGGAACCCAAGUUUAGAAUUAGGGCUUCCAGUCUCUCUCUCUUCUGAUCCUGCACAAACAUAGUUAUCUUCUUCAAUCGUUCGCGAUUAUAAUUAGGGGUUCGCAGAUGAAGACAGCGGAAUCGCACAAUUAGGUUUAGGGCUUGCACAUUUGAGAGGCUCGAGGCUUGCGACCGCCGUUAGGUUGAAAGGAAACUCAGGUAAGGAUUGGAGUUGGUUUUCACUUAGCCCAGUUUCAUGAAAGUGGAGCUAUAUGGCAACCUAUCCAGGAAAAGGAGCUCCUUCAAAUGGGUCUGUCUAUGUUUGCAACUUGCCUGAGGGGACUGAUGAAAAUAUGUUGGCUGAAUAUUUUGGCACCAUUGGGUUGUUAAAGAAAGACAAGCGAACAGGUCGACCAAAAAUUUGGCUAUACCGAGACAAACUGACAAACGAACCUAAGGGAGAUGCUACUGUAACAUAUGAGGAUCCACAUGCUGCAUCAGCAGCCGUUGAAUGGUUUAACGACAAGGAUUUCCAUGGUAAUGCCAUUGGGGUUUUUAUAGCAGAGUCAAAAAGCAAAGAUGAUCAGACUCAUAAUCCUGGGGGCGAUCCAAUUGUUGGCGGUGAGUAUGAUGGACUUGAGGAAAUUGCUCAGGAUACAAAUGGAGGUGUUGGCGGCGGUAGAGGUCGGGGUGAUGCUCCUGGGAAAGCAUGGCAACAAGAGGGAGACUGGACAUGUCCGAAUACAAGCUGUUCCAAUGUGAAUUUUGCAUUUCGUGGUGUGUGCAAUCGCUGCGGAAGUGCUCGACCUACUGGUGCUUCCGGUGGUGGCGCAGGGGGUGGUGGUCGUGGCAGGGGUCGUGGACUUGACUCUGGGGGCCGUGGUGGUCCUGUCGGUGCUCCUACAGGUGGACUCUUUGGUCCAAAUGAUUGGCCUUGUCCAAUGUGUGGCAACAUCAACUGGGCAAAGCGUACAAAAUGCAACAUAUGCAACACAAAUAGACCUGGUCACAAUGAAGGUGGUGUAAGAGGGGGACGUGGUGGGGGUUACAAAGAACUUGAUGAAGAAGAACUAGAGGAAAUCAAGCGACGUCGGCGGGAGGCAGAAGAAGAUGAUGGCGAGAUGUAUGAUGAGUUUGGCAACCUUAAAAAAAAAUUUCGCGCUAAAACACAACAAACUGAAACUGGACGAGCUCUUCCAGGUGCUGGACGUGCUGGAUGGGAGGUGGAGGAAAUAGGUGUAAUUGACAGAGAUGGCAGGGAGAGAAAUAGAGAGAGAGGAAGGGAACGUGAUGAUAGACCGAGCAGCAAGAACAGAGAAAGAGAUGACAGGGAUAGGCGUCGCAGUAGAAGCAGAGAAAGGGAAAGGGAUAGGGGGAGAGAUAGACCUCGAGAUUAUGAUUAUGAUCGGGACAAAGAAUAUGGGCGGGACAGGGACAGAGACCGGGAUCGGGACCGGAACAGGCACCGUUACUGAAGGUUAUGGGAUAGAGUUUUGGUUCUCUUAUGCAAGUAGGUCGGACUGCAUUCGUGUUGAACUAUGUUUUACUUGGCAUUUUAAGCUAUUCGGAUGGAAUAUGGGUCUCCACCACUUUCUUCAAACUGUGAUCUGCGCCUGCAUGUAAAAUUUGUUUUCCGUACGUUGGCACUAUUCAAAUUUUGCUUUCAACAUUUUCCUUUUAA